AUGCCACCAUCCAAAGAUAAUUCACAACAAAUCAAUCCACAAACACAAUGGAAAAAUAUCAACAAUAAUAACAACAGCAAUAUGUCAAAUGGUCAAUCACAACAAAAUUCAAAUGAUUCAAUAUAUACAUUACCUGGAGUUAUCAACUAUCUUACGUCUGAAUUCACUAACCUAGAAAGAUUUAAAAUCAUAACAAAUUUAGAAAAAUCAGAAAUGAAAUAUAAAAUUUUACAUUUACAAGCAGAAGUUGAUUCAUUAAAAUUUAUAAAGAAGAAGCAACAAUCCAAAAUAGAAAGUUUAGAGAGAGAAGUUAAAAUAUUGAAGGGUAAUUUUAACUCAUCAUCAGAAUCUCAAAAAGAAGAAGAAAUACUAUUACCAGAAGUUGACCUAGAUAUGAUUAAAAAAUCAAGACAACAAUUAAAAGAAUCAAUGAAAGAAAUAUUAACAAUUUUAAAAGCACCAUCUUCAAAAUUGGAUCAAUUAAACUUUCCUGAUAAUAAUGAGAACGAAUUUGAAGAAUUGAUAGACAAAAAUGAUAGUAAUGAAUUUAAUUUUACUGGUUCAAAUUUAAAUAAUAAUAAUCCACCCAAAACUAAUGUAAUAUCGAGAUUUUUCAAUGAAGGUACUGAAGAAAUAGAGGAAAAUGAAACAAAUGAACCAAAAUAUAUAAAUAGUGAUGACGUUAUUGAUGAUGUAUUGGAAAAAGCUUUAUCAAACGAUAGUGAAGCAGUUACUGUAAUAUUAGAUGAUGAACCAGAAAUACGACAAGAACUAGAAGAUAUGAAAUUGAGUUAA